AUGAGUUUAGAACUUUACGGAUCCAAGGACAAGACGUUGUUGGCGUUGGUUAGCAAUUUGAAAGUUUCUAUUGCAGCAGCAGCAUAUGACCCAAAGCUUGUUGUGAAAUCACCUGAAGAUGACGAGCACAGUGGUGUUCUAUUGAAGGACAAAAAGACUGGAUUCGAGCUCUUUGAACCUAAUGCUAUUGUCAAAUACUUGGCAAAGAACUACACCACCGAUGAACACAUCAAAUUUGAGGAGAAGGAGUUACAUAAAGCGUUGUUGACCAAUAAGAAGGAGAAUCUCGAGCAAGUCAAGGUUACAACUCCCACAAAGGUCGAUAUUAUCCCAUCACAGAUUAUUCUCUUUUCAUCACUAUACCCAAUCUACGCCAACUCAACGAAUACCUGGUUCAACGAGUUUGCUGAAAAAGUUGCCAAAGGAGUGCAACAUGCGUUAUCAAUUACUAAAGUUGAAAGAGUAAAAGAGGAAAACACUGGAACUCAAAACUAUGUAAAAGACUACUUGGUCAAAGACCAAGCUGCAAGAAUUGUUCCCAAACCAGAUGAGAGAAACAUUUUGAUUACUUCGGCUUUGCCAUAUGUGAAUAACGUGCCCCAUUUAGGUAACAUUAUUGGAUCCGUAUUGAGUGCUGAUAUUUAUGCCAGAUACGUCAAGAAUAGAAACCACAAUGCUAUUUUCAUUUGUGGUACUGAUGAGUAUGGUACUGCAACUGAGACCAAAGCCUUGGAAGAUGGCGUUACACCAAAGGAGUUGUGUGACAAGUACCAUAAGAUUCAUAAAGAGGUGUAUGAUUGGUUUGACAUUGGUUUCGACUAUUUCGGAAGAACAACCACCGAUUUACAAACUGAGAUUGCACAAGAUAUCUUUUUGAAAUUGCACAAGAAUGGCUAUUUGGAAGAAAAGACCACUGAACAGUUGUAUUGUGAAGAACAUCAUUCGUUCUUGGCCGAUAGAUUUGUUGAAGGUACUUGUCCCAAGUGUGGGUAUGAAGAUGCUAGAGGUGACCAAUGUGACAAAUGUGGUAACUUGUUAGACCCAUUGGAGUUGAUUGACCCGAGAUGUAAAGUGGAUGGAGCAAAACCAGUGGUGAGAAACUCGACUCAUAUUUAUCUCAAAUUGAAUGAUUUGGAAGAACCAUUGAAAAAAUGGGUUGAAGAGGCUAGUGGAGUAUGGUCGAAAAACUCCAAGACCAUUACCAACUCGUGGAUCAAGCAAGGUUUGGAGCCAAGAUGCAUUACAAGAGAUUUGAAGUGGGGUACCCCUGUUCCAUUGCCUGGAUAUGAAGAAAAAGUGUUGUACGUUUGGUUUGAUGCUACAAUCGGUUAUGUUUCCAUUACUGCCAACUAUUUCAGAGAUAACGAUGCCACCGACACCGAGAAUUGGAUCAAAUGGUGGAAGAAUCCGGAAAAUGUCGACUUGUACCAAUUUAUGGGUAAGGAUAACGUGCCAUUCCACACGGUUGUGUUCCCUGCGUCCGAAAUUGGUACUGGCGAUAACUGGACAAAGUUGCACCAUUUGAGCACAACUGAGUAUUUGCAGUACGAAGGUGGCAAAUUUUCCAAAUCGAGAGGUGUUGGUGUUUUCGGAAACAAUGCCAAAGAAACUGGCGUGUCGUCUUCAGUUUGGAGAUACUAUUUGGCUUCAAUUAGACCUGAAACUGGUGAUGCGCAAUUUUCGUGGGACGAAUUUGUUGCCAAGAAUAACAGUGAGUUGUUGGCCAACUUGGGUAACUUUGUUAAUCGUAUUGUCAAGUUCGUCAAUGCCAAGUAUAAUGGGGUCUUGCCAAAAUACAAUCUUGACAAUAUUCCAAACUACAAGGAAUUUGCAAGUGAGUUCAAUGGGUUAUUGAAGGAAUACAUUCAAGCUAUGGAUGGAAUUCAAAUUAGAAAAGGGUUGGAAACGGCUAUGGCAUUGUCGGCGCGUGGAAAUGCCUUUUUGCAGUCGAAUCGUAUCGACAACAAGAGUUUUGAAGAAGAGCCAGAUCGUAUUGAUGCUGUGGUUAAUGUUGGAAUCAAUAUUGCUUAUUUGUUAUCAGCUGUGUUUUAUCCAUUUAUGCCACUGACUUCGGUGCAAAUCAAUAGAAUUUUGAAUGCUCCUGCAUUGUCUAUUCCUGAUCAAUUCACACUUGUGUUACUUGCCGGUCAUAACAUUGGCGCUGCUGAGUAUCUUUUCAAGAGAAUUGAUGAAAAGAAGAUUGAUGAAUGGAGAAAGUUGUACGGAGGACAACAGAAGUAA